AUGUCCAUCACCUGUUCAGAUGUUGGGACCGAUGUUCAUUUGAACAGACGGCAUUCUGGAGUGUCGGGCUACCACUGUCGGUCAUCGUUUCUGCACAAGCGCUCUAAAACAUCACCCUUACCCGCUCAUACCAGGGAGCAUGAUGGGUAUCUCAUGAAUAGUCUUGGUUUUGAUGAUGCGAAUAGUGUGAACGAUAAGCCCGAACCUCUCAGCUCACAGAUGUCAGCAACCGGCCAACGGACCUCCUCCAGUCGCGUUAACUUCGACUUUAGCCCUUCAGCUUGCCCAGCGCCGCCCUCAGUUCUCGGUUCACUUGUUCAUCCCUCACAAUCUUUUGUGGCAACUCGCAUUCCUGCAUCUAUGUCUCGCCGUCGUUUGGCCUCUAAUAUUCCGGCAUUGCACAGCAAGGUAGAUCUUCCGCCGCCACCGACAUCUUGGGCAGUUUCGUCUCCUUCGGACGACACUUCUCGUCUACCUGACGGUGACUUCGGCCCUCCUGCUCUCUUGUUCUUCCGACGGGGAGAAUCUGAUCUAGCUGAAUUCACAGACACUGCCUCAUCGCCUGUGACGCCUGUGGAACAAAUCAUGCAUACACCUAUCGAACCUCCCUCGAUUGGCUCUAGACACUUCCCCAAAUCCAGAAAAUUAGCAAUCUUGCAUUUAUCGCUUCGCUCUGAUCUCUCGUAUGAAUCUCUCUGUCCUCUGGAUUCGCCUGAUCUGCCUUUCACGCCACUGGUCGAUGAAGGAAUCUUUAUCGGGCCAUCUACAAGCCUGUCGCCUAUUGUCAGUGCGCCUACCUCAACAUAUCCCUCAAUUAAGGACAAGAUUGGAUUAGGCCAUUCAGAGGAAAUCAGCAGGAGCUCGCGUCGCUGUCAGCUAAAUCCUAUCCUCGCUAGAUGUUCUUCCCCUUAUGCUCUUUGUGGUACUGUAUGCUUGCCUGUCUCCAGACGACUGUCUUAUCAUCAGCGUACAAGCUCGCCUUCCACGCCGACCCCCAUACGGGAGCAAGUCAAUCUGGCAUCCCCGGCCAUCAUCCGUUCAAUGCACUUUUCCGACGACAAGGGCAGUAGCGACGUCUGUGGCGCAGGCGAAGGCAUCGAAAUAACCCCCGUUCCAGGCAAGGUCCCCGGCCAGUUAUCUUUAUGCUCUACCUCUCUUCUGGUCGAAGCGAUAGGAUACUUUGGUGUCUGA